AUGCUGAAAGCGCACCACUACAAACAGUUCGAGAAGCUCUGCAAGAACCGAAAGACAGCCAAGGGCAUGAAUACACUGCUUUCCGAGGUUCUCAACAUCUCCGAGGAGUUCCAUAGAAAAUGGCUUGCCGUGAAAAACACCAGGAAAUCAGCGGGACCCACAAACGACUUCAAGCAGUGGCCCCUGAACUGGGAAGGCAUGGACGAGAUUAUCACCAAGACGGUGGACUAUUCUAGGAUUUUCCUUGAAGGCGAGAAAAAACGAGCAAAGCCGAAUGUGAAAGGCCUGGCAGAGGUCAGAGACAAGCUUGCUGAACUCAAUGAGAAGUGGCAAGAGCUCAAGGACCUGGAUCGUUGGAUUACCGCUCGACUCCAAGCUUGA